AUGACAACGACUCCCCUCCAAAAGUGCGAAAUUUCAAUCCGCCUCGCCCUUGAAGAGGACAUCCCAAGGAUGAACACCAUCGAAACCUCCGCCGCCCAGCUCUUCCGCACCGUCCAUCUCGCCUGGAUCGCCGACUCCCCGCCCCUUGAUCCGGCAACCCUCCGCUCAAUGAUCGCGCAGCAGAACGUAUGGGUUGCAGUUACCUCGGAGAACACGGCGGUAGGGUUUAUCGCCGUGCGAGACCUCGACGGGAUGUUGUACGUCGCCGAGAUGGAUGUGCAUGAGGACUGGCAGAGGAGGGGGAUUGCGCGGACGAUGCUGGAGGAGGUGGAAAGGCGGGCGAGAGACAGGGGAUAUGAGUAUGUCUCGCUCACGACGUAUCGGGAUUUGGGGUUUAAUGGACGGUUCUAUGCGAGGAUGGGGUUUGAGGAGGUGGAUGUGGACACGGCUGGUGAGAGACAUGGACGGGAGUUGGAGGAGCAGGCGCGGUGUGGCCAUGAUAGGGCCAGGAGAUGUGUGAUGCGGAAGAGGGUUGCACUGUAG